UGAAAAGGGUUUUUUAAAAGGUUUAUUGGUCUCAAUAAACCCUUUUUGAUAGUUUAUUAAUCUACGACUGUUUUUUACAGUGUACAUGUUCCCUUUUUUUUAGUUUUAGAGUAUAAUGAGUGUAAUAAUGGAAAUUAUGGUUGUUCACAAAUUUGUAUUAAUGAACAGGGAGCAGCUCAUUGUGAAUGUGAACAUAAUUACGAGUUACAAGAUGAUAAUAAAUCAUGUGAAGAAAUAACGUGCCAAACUGUCGUUAACACAACGACAAGAUCUUAUGGCACACUCAGAAGUCCUCGUAAUCGUACAACCGGUUUAUACCCAUCGAACAGCAACUGUUAUUGGGAUAUUAUUGCACCAACCAGUUAUAGAAUAUGGCUUAAUUUUACCUAUUUUGACAUGGAAGAUGAUACGCCCGAUUGUAGUUAUGAUCGUGUUGAAAUAUUUUUGCACGAAAAUUAUACUGAUACGAAACCGUCUAGUAUUUAUUGUGGAUAUAAGAAACCGUUCGUCAUUGCAUCGGACAAUAAUCGUUUGAUAAUGAAAUUAAUUAGUGAUUCAUCCAUUGAGAAAACGGGUUUUAUUGCCAUCUAUAUGACUGAUUUGAAUGAAUGUCUACAUGACAAUGGUGGAUGUGAACAAAUUUGUGUGAACACAUUUGGAUCAUACGAAUGUAAAUGUCACGAAGAUUAUACACUAAAUAAGGAUAAACGAACGUGUGACAAAGGUUUGUGUCAGUUUCAUAUAGUGAAUAAUGAAGGAACAAUUUUCAGUAACACAAUUAAUGGUUUGAAUAAAAAUGAUUGUUCAUGGCUAUUUACUACAUUACCUGGACAUCGAAUUCAAUUGACAUUUUCAAAAUUUAUCGUAGAUGAUAAAUACAAUUGUGAACAAAAUUAUGUUCAAAUCUAUGAUGGUCCAAACAAUACUUCACAACUCUUAGGGAAAUAUUGUAAUACAAAUUAUCCAGGACGAGCAAUCGAAUCAAAUGGAAAUCAAAUAAUUUUAUACUUUAAGACUAAUAUGACAACAAAUAAUGAACGUCAGUUUGUUCUACUACAUGAAACAGUUUGUGGUGGUAAUUUGAUAGCAAAAGCGGAAACGCAACAGAUUUAUUCACAUGCAAAUUAUGGAAAAUCAAAAUACAACAGUAAAGAAACAUGUGUUUGGACAUUGAAAGCACGUUUCGGUAAAUGUAUAAAAAUAUGGUUUGAAACAUUUCAACUUGAAAAACAAAGUGGAGCAGAAUGUUACGAUUCUGUUCAAAUAUUUGACGGACCAUCAGAUCAUGACCGUAGUUUUGGCUCUUAUUGUGGUACAACUUUGUCAACAACAUUACCGUUGGAUGAACAAGAUCCAGAUUCAACUCCAUCUUUAUUCAUUUCCACUCGUAAUAGUGCAUUUAUCAGAUUUGAAACAGAUCCGAGCGAACAAGACGAUGGAUUUAUUGCAAAUUAUGCAGAAAUAUCAUGUACAAAAGUAGUCAAUGACGAUUGGCAACAUUACUCCCUUCAAAGGACAAGAAUUAAAUAG